AUGGGAAAACUGUCAAAACGCACGCAAACGUAUCAAUUGUGUUUGGCCCAUAACGCUGCGUCAACGCAGCUUGAAAAAACGCUACGUGGACAUCGGCCCUAAUGGGUAAUUGAGAGCUUCCGGUGGAUUCCGUGUUCGUAAUCGCGAAUGCGCAAAAAAUAUUAUCUUUGUGUCGUUAUCAACCUUAUCAACACGCCACAUAUUUUUGCAAUUUAUUCAAGUUUUUUCUUGAUGACAACAGCUUCGCCCAUUUCACUAUAGCGACAGCGUAUAGUGAUUUCUUGUGUUCUUAUUUUUUAUUCUUAUUAUUCUUAGAUAGUAUAUUUUAUUGCGUCACCAUAAACGAUCAUCAAUAUCAACAUGGGCGACAACAACAGGAGAAAUGAAGAUUUCUUUACGGCUGCUGUUCUCGGAGCUGGUGCCCUUUUCGGAGCAUAUCAAGUGUACAAACGUUAUUCUUCCACGGACAAUGCUUCCAACAACAGCAAUCAAACCCAUUCGCAAUCUGAUUGGAGGGAUAUCAAUGAGGUCCAAUUUUACAAUCGAUCCCAUAUGAAUCGGGUUAUCAGCAACCAGAAUGAAUGCAAGCAGGCGGUCAAAGAACUACGGCAAGCUUGCAAAGAAUAUCCGGUUCUUGGACUAGACUGCGAGUGGAACAACGAUUCGAACGGUCGUCGGAAGGUGGCUCUUCUCCAGUUGGCCACCCAAAAAGGCCUAUGUUUUCUGUUCAGAUUAUGUAAAAUUGGAUACAUUUCUGAAGAACUGAAGCGCAUUUUAGCUGAUCCAAAUAUUAGGAAAGCCGGUGUAGGUGUUGAAACCGAUAUGCAAUAUCUCUUAAUUGAUUAUCAAGCAGACGGAGCAGGCGCAGUGGACUUGCGCGAAAUGGCGGAAAUCUGUGACGUGCCACUUCCACAUAAUUUGGCUAGUCUGGCUAAGCAAUCGCUCGGUAUCAUUAUGGACAAAGAAUUGCAAGUAAGUGAUUGGGAAGCCGAUGUGCUGACCGAAAAUCAGAUCAAAUAUGCUGCGAACGAUGCACGCGUGGCUAUUGAACUGUAUAAGGUUUAUGACUAUUGAAAGCAAAAAGUACAUAACAUCACAGCUACAGCUAAAUAUCAGUGGUAUUUACAUCAUUUCUCUAUAUGAAAACAAAUUCGGUAAUUAAAAUUAUCAAAUCGAUUUUUACGUGAUAUGCCUAUUUUAUUCUCAAAUGCACUAUUCAUAACCAAUAAAUUAUUAUAAUUACUCA